CAUACAUUUCGUUCUUCUUGGUCAGUUACUUCUUGUCGCAGGCGUUUUGUCACUCAGCAUAUUAACGACACAGGAUAGAACAGGCACAGAAUUACUACAACAAUGGCCGACGACCUGAUUAAUUUCGACAUAAUAGAAUCGCAUAAGGAAAACAUACAAGCACUACCCGGCGGCCGAUCAGUCAAACAACUGGCUGCCAUCCUUACACCACUACCUUCAGGAAGAGUUGGCGCAAAGUCGGAACCGACUCUGAAUGAAACAAAGACCCUCAACGAUGCCAUCCGGCAAGAGUACGAGAUUGAAUUACAGUCAAUAGCAGACUCGGACGACCCCCUCGACAUCUAUGACCGAUACGUCAGAUGGACAUUAAACGCCUAUCCUUCGGCCCAGGCGACACCACAGUCGCAGCUCCUGCCUCUCUUAGAGCGUGCGACCAAAGCCUGCCUCACUUCUCCCCUUUACAAAAACGACCCACGCUAUCUGAAAUUGUGGCUGCAUUACAUUCGGUUGUUUUCCGACAGUCCUCGAGAAACGUUCGCUUUCCUUGCUCGGCAUAGUAUAGGUGAUGGACUUGGUCUUUUCUACGAGGAGUUCGCUACUUGGUUGGAGGGCGCGGGUCGCUGGGUGCAGGCGGACGAGGUGUACAAGCUGGGAAUUGAGAGAGAAGCGCGGCCCACAGAGAGGUUGAUACGGAAAUACAAUCAAUUUCAGCAUCGAUUCGAGGCUAGACCGCAGGUCGAGAAUGAGCCAAGCUCGCCAGCCCUUCCGACGGUGCGGCCAGCUCUGGCAGCGAAGCUUGAUCCAUUCGCACAACGAGAGGAGCCACAGGCACCUCGGCAACAGAACGGAGUGGGAGGCGGUUCUACAAGUAGUUCUCGCUCAGGAAAACCGAAGAUGGCUAUAUUCUCGGACGCAGACAGCGCUGCACCACCUCCAGCAACAUCCACCACCACCAACGGCUGGGAUAACAUUGGGUCGAUCAAGGAGCGAAAGAAGGAAAACACCAUUGAAGCCAAGCCAUGGGCUGGUGAGAAGAUAAAAGCUGGAACCAGAGUAGGAACGGUGCAAAAGAUGGAGAUUUUCAAAGACCCGGCGUUACAAGCAGCAACUGAUGCACGAUCGUCCACAAAACGUCCGGGUGACGUCGUUAACCCUCGUACAGGCCGGACGGAGCGUGUAUUUGUCGACGUGGAAGCGAUCUAUCCCAGCGUUGACCAAGAAUUCAGUUUCGAAGAGUUACGAGCCCUGGCUCGAGGGUGGUUCCAAAAGGAUUGGAGACGGCAGAGACCAGCAGCAACAGCCAGUCCGCUGAAGGAUACGACAGGAAAUGCAACAACGUCUCCAAAGGCCAAGGGUAGAGCCAACAAAGCCCAAGAGCCAGAGGACAUUGAGAACUUGAGUAGAUCCUUCCAGCAGAAGAUUGAUCUUAACAAUACUACUCAAAGGGAUCUCAGUAUCCUUGAUGUAUCGUCACAAUCUAUGGUCGGAAUGCCGGAACCGCAGCCAGCGCCUCAAUCCCAACAACAGAGCCAAAAUCCUAGAGAGAAGAAGUACAAGAUCAGAGAGGUCAAGCAAGAAACUCAGACUGUCAAGACAAGGCUUGAAUCGCCUACAGGCAGGAAAUUGAAGAGGAAGAACACAGCUGAGCCGACUAUGACGUUCCACUCCAAAGCAGCAACUAAUGAGAUAUAUGACAUGUUCAACCAACCGCUUCGUAAACCAGAGGUAGCCAAAGACGAUACUCAGAGUGGUGAUGAGACAGAUUUCACUGAGGGAGAGAUAGACGACGGGUACAGCACAACAGGCGACGCCGAGAGCACUGGCACUGGGAGGGUGUCCGGACCCAGCAGUGAAUUUGGCGAUGAUACCUUGGCUUCACGAUUUGAUCCCACGGAAAGCCAGACCCAAACACAAAGUCAAAGCCAGCCUGAAAGUGUUUCACCCUGGUCAGAUUUCACAGCCAGCAGACACGUGCCACGCAUUGAUCCUCACACUGCUCCCCCUGGCAAGACCAAAGCUUCUUCAGGCAAAGGUCAUGCUAGGACAAAGCUGAAAAACAAACACAGACACGCAGUGAGUGAAGAUGUGACUGAAAGUAUCGACUCUUCCAGUCAGAACGCAACACAAACCUCUGGUCUGGGUGGUGGCUUCGACACUCAAGCCAUUGCUGCCAUUGCAAACUGCAACUUCGACGACAUGGACACCAUGGCCAUUGCGAGGAUGGCUGGAGAGGUUGAUGAUGAAGAACAGGAUGAUGUUGAGAUCCGUGAUGAGCAGACCGCGAGCUCCGCGGGCGCGGGCGCGGGCGCGACUGAAGAAUCUGAACCACAACAACAAACAAUGCAUGAAGAAGACACCAUGGAAAGCCUGUCAACGCCAGUUGAUGAUGUCUUCACGGAACACAUGGAGAUCUCGCACAAGCCUCGCUUUGUUCCUAUUCCUCCGGCAGACUAUGAACCCACACCAGUGCGUACCUACCGAGAUCCAGCGCUCGUUGCGCAAAACAAAAUGCCCUUCAUGACGCCGAUUGUCGAGAGAACCGAGAGCUCGUUCGCACCUUCGACUGUGUUCAAUGAUCCCGACUACUUCAGCUCCAAGACACCAAGCAGAUCGGCGAAGGAGAUAUACGAGAGCCCGUCACAAGUCAAGAUCGAUCGACUCUUGAUGAGCAGUCCCAAACAACAAGAACCUGGCACUCCGUCAUCCUCAGCGAAGCGAAAGUACGAACAAACCGGCGCCACCGAAGAGGAGGUAGCCACGUCUUCGCCUCGCCGCAAGGUCUCGGGACGUGGGGAGGCCGAUCUGAAUUCUCACAUCCCCUUCCCAAUCACCAAGGGAACUCCAGCACAGUCUCCGUCCAAGCCUGACGACGUUGUCUUCAAGGCUCCCGCCAUACCUGUGAAAUCUCCAUCUCGAUCUGUCCUCCAACCUGCGACUCGACACAAGGCACCCAUCAUCGCGGACCUGCAAUGCAACCCGUGCGACGAUACGAUACGACAACAGAUCUUGACUGCCGUCCAUCCGCCCAUCUUUUCCUACGCAGGCUAUCAUGAUCAUUCGGGCCAAGUUCUCAACCAAUACCCCAUCUUGAAAUCUUAUGCCGAGAAGAUAGCCAAGACAAAGAGCAAGCCCAGCCCGCGUAAAAGCCAGAGCAAGGAUGCAGCUACCAAGGCCGUCCCGCCACUGCUCAAGUUCACGGGCACUUCCCGAGUGUACGCCGUCAAGCGCGAACUCGGUGAAGGCGCAUUCGCACCAGUGUAUCUGGUCGAGAGUUACGACCCGGGUCAAAACGCCAUUGCCGUCGGUGACGAAGAGGACGACAACAACAAGGAAAAUGUCAGUCCACCACUUGCGUCAAGCGAGUCUGGCCGCCAACAUCUCGAAGCGCUCAAGACCGAGUCUCCGGCCGGCACACUGGUCUGGGAAUUCCACAUUUUGCGCCUCGUGCGCCAGCGUCUCGGCCACGCCGCGCGCACUAUGCAGUCCAUCGUGCUUGCACAUGAAUGUCACCUCUACCGUGACGAGGCAUAUAUUGUGCUCGAGUACAGCCCACAAGGCACGCUACUGGACUUGGUCAACCUUGCUAGGAGCGACAAUGUGCGAGCGGGCAAGCCGGCCGAAGGGCUCGAGGAGGUCUUGGCCAUGUGGUUCAGCGUCGAACUCCUCCGGACGCUGGAGGACCUCCACCGCAUCGGCGUUCUGCACGGCGAUUUGAAGGGUGACAACUGCCUCGUCCGCUUCGGGGACGGCGAAGUCGAGGGGCCCUACGAUCCUUCCGGUGGCCGUGGUUGGGGAGCCAAAGGCUUGCGGUUGAUCGAUUUCGGACGUGGGAUCGAUACGAAGAUGUUCAAGGCUGGCGCACAGUUCAUUGCGGAUUGGCCCAGUUGCACGACCGACUGUGCGGAGAUCCGGGAGUGCCGGCCCUGGAAGUGGCAGAUCGACUAUCACGGGGCGGCGGGCGUGAUCCACUCGUUGUUGUUCGGCAAGUACAUCGAGACGAUACCAGCAAAUAGCGGUCUAGGUACCGGUCCCGGCCAGAAGAAGGAGUGGAAGCUCAAGGAGAAUUUGAAGAGAUAUUGGGAGAAGGAGAUCUGGGGAGACGUGUUCAACGUGUUGCUGAAUCCCGGCUGCGUGGCCGAUGGAGAAGAAAUGCCAAUUCAAGGAAACUUGAAGAGAGUCCGGGUGAGAAUGGAGAAGUGGUUGGUCGACGAGGGUGAGAGGGGCGGGAGAGAUUUGAGAGCCGCGCUGAGGAAGAUGGAGAGACUUGUUGGCGGGAAGUGACCGGAGUCGACACGAAGUUAAGGAGAAUUAUUCGACAAGCGCGAUCGGAUCACUGGUGACUCGCCCAUUCCCCAGUGAGGCAUGAACGGGUCAUGUACUGCAUUGCAUUGCGUUGAAAGGAGUUGGACUUGGCCUUGGCCUUGGACGGGAUCUUGAACUGGAUCUUGGACAUAUUGGCGUGGAUUGAUGCUGGGCAUGUGAGCGAGAUCGACUAUUUCAUUGAGCAAGGCGUUGGAGGCUGCACGAGCUCGAUUGUGCUUGUUGUUUCGCAUAGGCACUGGGGGCACUAGCUGAGGAUACCACCUACCCUACGGCGUUGGAAAAGAUCCAUCCUCAGCUUGAUAUGACGGAGCAUUGAAUUUUAGAAUAAAAGGUAGAGCGUGAAAACUCC